GCGGGGGCCAGAGCCCCCGAGCCCCGGCUGUGGGACCCGCGGGCGGGUGGUGCGGCCCCCAGCCCGGUCCGGCCUCUCGCCCGCCGCGGUGGCCCGGGGCAGCCCGUGCCGCUUGGAGACCGGGGGGGUGUUGGCACCGCAUCGGUGGGGUCUGAGCUGGGCUCGGCCCUGUCAUGCCUCCCCCAGAGCCCUGGCGCCCCCCGCAGCCCCCGGUACCGGCGGGGCCAGGUGGUGCCCUGUGCUGGGACCCGGCCCUGGGAGCCCAGGGCCGUGGCGGGGGACGCUGUUGGCCUUCCUGCUCCUCACAGCAAGAUUGCCUCGGUUUGACCCCCACUGUCAUCCAAAGGUGGGUUUUUGUCUUCAGGAAAGAUGAAACCCCUUGGAGGGGGAGAGGUGCCUGGGGAUGCGGGGGUGAUGGGCGAGGUGAAGGCACGGUUUCACAGGCCCUAAUGAGACCUUAGUGAGCUAAACCCUGAUGGCAUUGGCACACAGAUGGUGUCUCCAAACCCUCUGUGAUGGCCUCAGAAGCUUGAGGAGAUGCUGGUAGAAGAGAGUUGGCUGUCUUGGGGUCCCAGCCUGUGUGGGAUCUCACGGCCUGAUGGUCACCUUGGCUCCAUGCUCCAGCCCCUUCUUGCAGCACCAGUGAGCAGCCAUCUGGGCCUUGGCUCUCAGAGCCCUUGCAGGCAGCCACAGGGGAGCUGCUGGUGUCCUUGUGCUCUGCUGAAGUUGCUGGACUUGGUCACGUGGAGCAGGCUUGGGCAGUGGGCAUGGUACUCCUUGGAUGUGCAGUGUUGAGAGGCCCCUCAGGUUUCCUCGGGGCAGAGGGGUUCAGUGUUUGCUUCUCCACGUGCCGGUCGGUGCUAGGCCUUGCAGUUGCUUCGUGGGUUUGGGAUGCCCCUAGUUGGGAGGCUGGAAACUCUUUGCCCCAGCAAGCCCCAGUAUCAUCUCCCUCUUCAGGCAUGGAUUACCAGUGUUAAUAAGGCCAACAAGAUGGCCCUGCUUGCCUGGGCGAAAGAAACCGGCAUCAACCUGGUGCAGACCAACGGGCAGAGGCGGUAUGGUGGCCCCCCUCCAGGCUGGGUGGGCGACGCGCCACCAGCGGGCACGGAAGUGUUCAUUGGGAAGCUGCCGCAGGACAUAUAUGAGAACACACUGAUCCCACUCUUCCAGAGCGCAGGGAAGCUCUACGAGUUCCGCCUCAUGAUGACCUUCAGUGGGCUGAACCGGGGCUUUGCCUACGCCAAGUACAGUAGCCGGCGCAGCGCCAAAGAGGCCAUCGCUGCCCUCAACAACUUUGAGGUGCGGGAGGGCUGUGCCAUCAUGGUGUGCAAGAGCACGGAUAAGUGCGAGCUGAGCGUGGAUGGCCUGGCCACCUCGGUGAGCCGGAAGGAGGUGGAGGCCAUGCUGCGGCAGGUCACGGAGGGGGUUCUCAAGGUCACCCUGCAUACCAGCCCCUGCCAGAAAUGGGCACAGCUUGCUGUGCUGAAAUACAGUUCACACCAGGCUGCUGCCAUGGCCAAGAAAACCCUGAUGGAAGGGAACAGGCUCAGUGGCCCAUAUGUGAGGGUGGAUUGGCUGAACCCCGACCUGAAGAAGAAACUGCAGUCAUGCAGGGAGAAGCCAUCAUUCAGCCAGGUCCAAGGGGACAAGUGCCUGGGAGUCCCCACGCAGGCACCCCUGUCUCCGCUGCUGUGCAGCGCAGUGGACCGCCUGAACACGCUGUGCUGGAGGCAGUACCGGGGGACCCCCAUGUUCCUCACCAAGUGUGUCCAGGCAGACCCCAGUGGGUGGCUGAGGUUCUGGUGCCAAGUGGUGAUCCCAGGGUGUUCUGUGCCCUUCAGUGGGUUCACAUGGGUCUGGCAGAAUGGGCCAGGCAGGAGCAGGCAUGAGGAGGCGAAGGCUGCAGCGGCGCUGCGCAUUCUUCAGAUGCUAGAGAGCCAGCUGACAUAGGCAGCUGUGUCCUGCCCAAACCAGGAGCUGAACCUGAGCUGCCAGCCUCAGUGUCGCCAGCUGCAGGAGCAGUGUGUGAGCCCUGCUGGGGACCCGGUCCUGUUCCAGGCUUUCAGUUUGUUUGAGUUUGUUUUGAGAGCUGGGUGUGGAGGACAGGCCUGCUGCUCUGGUCUGUGACAGCUGCCUGUCCCCUGCCAGCCUUUGGGGUUCGUUCUGUUUUUUGGGGACAAAGGUUUACCUGCCCAGUUUGGCUUUUACAUUGGUUUGUGUUGUUCUGCUGUGGUGGAGACAGGCCUGGUGCAGGUCUUGGGAGAAGGAGAAGCUGCUAGGAAAGACUGCCAGCAGUGGCUAGGGAGAGGGGACAGUGGGGGCCACCUGGGCACCUCUGGGGGCCAUCUCACCUCUGCUGGCAUGCCUGGUUCCUGAGGAACAGCCUCAGGUGAGGACGAGGCCACACGUGGGGACUGUCCUGGUGGACAGGGGACAUUCCGUGGGCUGAUGGAGCUGUUUCUAAUGAGGGGAGUGCCUGCAGGCUCUGGGGGGCGCAGGGCUCUUGGGGCUGCGGGGAAGUAGCUGUGGGGUUACUGGCUGCACAUGAAUGAUUCCGUGAGACCAGGAGGUCCGGCCGCAUGCUGUUCACUUGGUAUUAAAGUAGCCUGGAAGGGA